AUGCCUCCAACAGCCUACGAAGUCUAUCAAGACCUCGAGCGAGAGGAGCAAUUCGCUCCUCAAGAGGGCAAGACCCAGAGUUCCUACUCAUCAUGGCGGGAACGCGCCAUGAACCGCAACAUGCGGAAGAGUCUCGCUAUAAUCGGAACCUGCUGGCUCAUCUAUAUCCUAUGGCUAAACCGUCUAUAUGCAUCAUCUUGGAUACCAGGAUCGCCCAAUAAUAGCGACGAAGUUGCAUAUAAGGAAACAGUAGGAAAGACGGUUCCUCUCGACGUACAUAUUAUGAGCAAGUGUCCAGAUGCAAAGGACUGCUUACAGAAAUUGAUUUUGCCUGCGAUGGAGCAGAUCAGUGACAAGGUUGAUUUUAAGCUUUCGUUCAUUGGAAGUAUAUCUAAUAGUACUUCCGAUAUUGAAUGCAAACAUGGCCCUACCGAAUGCAUCGGCAACAUGCUCAUGCUCUGCGCCGCCAAUCUUCCGUUUCCCUCGAGCCAGAUUUCAACUCCGCGAACACCCGUCAUCCGCUCACUCGGUUUCGCAAAUUGUCUGAUAGACGACUACCCAGAGAUCCCGUCUCGUGCUCUAGUACAAAACUGUGCUCUGGAACAUGGAGUAGACUUUGAGGCUUUAAAUGCCUGCGCUAGUCGUGAGGAUGACGAUUUUGAGAAUCCCGGUGAUCCUACCCCUGAGGAUCCAAGUGGAAUUGCCUUGCUGCGCAAGAGUGUACGCCACACUCAUGAUGUUGGCGUUACGAAGAGUUGUACUGUGAGACUCGAUGAGACGAUUUGGUGCAUUCGAGAUAAUGGCCAAUGGAAGGAUUGCGCUCAUGGAAGCGAUGUAUCGACUUUUGUAGGUGAGGUUGAGAGAUUAUGGAAGGAGAGGAAUUAG